UUUUUUUUGAGAAAAGAAAAUAUUUAAUUCAAAGACUAUUAUCAAAAGACUUUUGUCAAUACACAAAAUGAAUAGCAAUGUAAGAACUAAUGCACAAAAGUCUUUCUAGGAGGACAAGACUAGAAGAAUGAUUGUUGCAUGGAUUUGUCUUGUUUCAAGUCAACUCGCAUCUGAGGCUUUCUCGACAAAAGUCAACGUGACGGCACUAGGCAACGAGUUCUUACUGGCGUUCCCUAGACUCCGUGACCCGGCAAUCUAUUUACUCAUGUAUACACUUGCUGAGGAGGCUAAGGUAACCCUAUCUUUAACGAACCCGGGAAGCUCUGACCAUAGCAGGUUCAAGGAACUUUCCGUAAAGAGAUCGAAGUCUGUUCAACAUCGACUAAGCUCCAAAAAAUUAGGUAUGCCAUCAAAGAAGUACAGUCACCACAAGUGCUUGCUGCUGACCAGUGACCAGCCAUUCGGUGUCUACGUCCACAUGUACGACGAACAAUAUUCGUUGAGCAGUUUCAUGGCGGUUCCAGUUCAAGCCUUUGGGAGAGCCUACAUUGCCAUCACACAUGACAAACGACCUUUUAUCACCGUUAUGGCACAGCGGAAAACGAAACUCUUUGUCUCAUUCUUUUUUUAUUACGUGGGUGAUCAUGUAGUGGACAGGGUGAUCCAGCCAAUCAGACCUUUUAAAUGGAGAACACUACAGAUGGAAAGCUACCAAGCUUUCUCCUUAACAAAGUGUACAGACAAAAUUUUUCUUGCUUAUAUCUCACUAACAGGAAGUAAAAUUGAGAGCGGCCAUCCUUUUGGCGUCAUUUCCGGCAGCUGCAGCUUCAUUGAAGAGGAUUGUGAAAAGCCAGAAAAAGCUCCCGACAUGAGCUCAGAAAUGCUCCUUCCCGUAAAGAUGUACGGACUACAAUUUGUCUUAGUUAACUCCCGUAAAAGAACGGUCAGAGAUUUUAUUUGGAUUACAGCUUCUGAACCGAACGCACGUUUAAACUUCUACUAUUACAAUUUUAAGCAACAAAUUUAUUUAAAAGACCUUGUUGAAGCUAAGCAUACCAACGUGAUGGGUUACAUUGUCAGCGACAAGCCUGUUGCCAUUCACUUGUUUCUGAACUACACGUGUCAGAGCAGCGAGGAUAUGGGCGGCCCCUCAUUUUCUACGAUAGUUCCGAAUGAGCUUUUCUUCAACGUAUAUGCUUGGUUAAAUCACCCAACAUCCAAUAUCAUCGUAAGUUACAUAAACCUUGUUAUACCAGUGGCGUUUAGCGUUGACAAUGUCCAAUGGAACGGUGGCUCCAUUCCUUAUGCAAAUAUAUCUAAGCAUGAGGGUGUGGUCAAGUUCGGCUACAUCAUAGUGAUCCUUGAGUUGGGGUCUACUAGAGGUGAAGCAUUUCUGGAGGCCUCCUUUAACUUUGGGUGCUACUUUUCGGGAUAUAGUAAAGGAUCUUUCUUGCAAGCGGCUGGGUUUCUCUAUCAAGACGAAAAGUAUGACUGUAGUCCUUCUGACCAGCGUGACGAAGACGGUCUAGACAAUGACUGUGAUGGAAUUGUCGAUGAGGAAUAUAGAAAUGGAUUAGACGACGACGGCGAUGGACUUAUAGAUGAGGACACGUAUAAUGAUUCAGAUUGCGGUAAAACCGGCAAAUGGGGGAAAGGUUGCCUUAUAGCCUGCGCGGACUUUUGCUUAGAUGACUGUGACACGAACACUGGUGCAUGCACGAGCUGCCUGAGUGGCAGAACCAAUUCGGACAACUUUUGUUUAGAUGAAUGUCCAAAAUUUACUUACGGACUAGAUUGCAUGGAAAACUGUUCUGAGAAAUGUAAUGGCAGAGACUGUGUUGAACGUUCUAGAGGACAAUGUUUAUCACUGGACAAUAUGUCGAGUCCGGUUCCUGUAAUGACAUCAGAUAUGUACGACACAUCGGAACUGACCGACUCAUUCACACUGUCCGACACAUCAAAUCUGGCCGAAACACCACGUCCGCUUGACCCGACAAAAGAGAAUGACACGCAAGACACAAGAGAGCAUCCCGAGAGUGAGGACACACAAGAAGAGGACAGUAGCGCAUUAUGGGUGGUCAUUCUGGCACCAUUGCUGAUGGGAGUCUGUGGAGUCAUUUACAUGAUAUUUAGACGUAUUCCUAAAAAGCUCGAUGGAGAGGGGCCCGUGGGUGAUCAAGUUCAAGAUUCUCCUGGAAAAGAGCCGUCCAGUUUGACUUCAGACACAAGGAGGGGAACAUUAAUUUGAGCCGCUCCAGUUGAUGGGGGAAAUAAAAACACAUUUCUAAGUUUAUUUCUCAAACAAAUACAUUGUAAGUGUAACAAGACGAAUAGCAAUAGGCUGGUACAAAUUUUGCGUCUGAGGAAUUUUAAAACAUCAACUUGAUUAUCUGGUUAAUCUUUCGGUUUGACAUUUUUGUUUUGUGUAUUGUGUCCGGUACUUCGACUUUUUAUAACUACUCUUGUCUUUUUUUUUUUCUGGAAUAAUAAAUUCAUUGUUAAACUAA